UGGUGUAUGUAUAGGUUUUAACGAAAGCUUUCGGCGGAGGACGACAGGAAACCCCUCUCGAGAGCUUCACAUUUCUCCGGUGUUUUCCGCGUGAAAAGUUUCCUUAGAAUAACCGACGAACCUUCGGUGACCCUUCAAAAUCGUUCACCAAACUUCGAGGAUUUCACGCCGGAAGGUUCCGAGAUGGCCGCAACAUCAGCAACCACUUUUUCGAUUGGGUCGACCGCAUCCACGCGCCCGAGCAUCACCCGUCUCACGCAAUCAAAGGCAUUAGGCUUCAAAGUCGACGUAAAAAACAACCUCAAGAGUUUCAGCGGCCUCAAGGCGUUCUGUGAAUCGGAGUCGACAUUCUUAAGCAGUGAAAGCUGUGCAGCCCUCAAGCGUACUUACCGUCGCCGAGCGCAAAACCAGAGCAACCGCGCCCCCAGCUGUGUCCAGCCUCAGGCGUCCUACAAAGUGACGAUUCUCGGUGCCGGCGGUGGCAUCGGCCAACCUCUGUCCCUCUUGGUCAAAAUGUCGCCGCUCGUCUCCGCGCUGAAUCUCUACGACGUUGCGAACGUCAAGGGAGUCGCUACCGAUCUCAGCCACUGCAACACGCCGUCUCGAGUGUCGGAUUUCACGGGCGAAUCCGAGUUAGCAAAUUCUUUGAAAGGCGCCGACGUCGUCGUCAUUCCCGCCGGCGUUCCGCGCAAGCCGGGCAUGACCCGCGACGACCUCUUCAACAUCAACGCCAACAUCGUGAAAACCCUCGUCGCCGCCGUCGCCGACAACUGCCCCGACGCGCUGAUUCACAUCAUCAGCAACCCGGUGAAUUCGACUGUCCCUAUCGCCGCUGAAGUUCUGAAGCAAAAAGGGGUUUAUGACCCGAAGAAGCUCUUCGGCGUCACGACCCUCGAUGUCGUCAGAGCGAACACUUUCAUCGCUGAGAGGAAAAACCUACGGCUCGUCGACGUUGACGUCCCCGUCGUCGGUGGCCACGCCGGAAUUACCAUCCUACCCCUGCUGUCGAAAGCGAAGCCGCCGGUUACGUUAACUGACGAGGAAGUGCAAGAGCUGACGGUGAGGAUUCAAAAUGCCGGGACGGAAGUCGUCGAGGCGAAGGCUGGGGCCGGGUCGGCCACACUAUCAAUGGCGUACGCGGCGGCGCGAUUUGUUGAGUCGUCACUCCGCGCGCUCGAUGGGGACGGCGACGUCUACGAGUGCGCGUUUGUGGAGUCGAACGUUACGGAGCUCCCGUUCUUUGCGUCGAGGAUUAAGCUUGGGAGGAAAGGAGUCGAGGCGGUGAUAUCGUCGGAGCUCGACGGGUUGACGGAUUACGAGCAGAAGGCAUUGGAGGCGCUGAAACCGGAGCUGAAAUCGAGCAUUGAGAAAGGGAUCUCUUUCGUUAAGAAGCAGCUUGUGGCUGCGUAAGGGUAAUAAAAAUGGAAUCUUGAGUUGAAAGAUUGUGCUUUUUUCCUGAGGAAGAAUAACAACAGCCACGCCGGUGAAAGGUGAUAUUUGAUUUACGUUUCAGUUUUGUAGUGACUUAUUGAUGAUUUGAAGGCUUGGUAUUGAUAUUGAAAGUGCUUUUGUUAUAGCAUAACAAAAACGCAAAUACUAAUUGGUUUAGUGUAUCAUAUCCAUUGGUGCGUUUACUUGAUUUUGGGUUUGGCUUUUUGUUUUGGAUAUGGUAUUUUAUGAAAAAAAAUAAUAUACUCCAAAUUUGUCAUUUUUUAUUUUUGUCCGUUCCAAAACAAAGUUAUUAUUUUCUAA